UAAUGUUUUUUAGACACAUGUUUUCCAUAAUAAUUGUUUUAAUACUAUUGGGUUUAUGGUCGGAGAGAGUAAAGACCAGAGCCGACGCUUCGGGAGAAUUGGCCAGAAUUCAAAACAUUAAUAUCUCAGACUUAUUGGAUCACAUCCUCCACGGCUAUGACAAUCACAUCAGACCUGAUUUUGGUGGUCCGCCGACAGAAGUGUUUAUCGAUUUUCAUGUGCGAAGUAUGGGACCAAUCAGUGAGAUAGAUAUGACAUACGUAAUGGACUGCUAUUUUCGUCAGACAUGGACUGAUAGGCGUCUCUCAUAUAAAACCAAAUCAUUGAUGGAAAUGAAUGCCAACCAAACCCUCAGUCCUCCCGCAUUAGCCCUUUCCAUAUAUAUGUUGGACAGGAUCUGGAAACCGCCGACAUAUUUCCUAAACUCGCGUCAAUCACAUCUGCACGUCAUUACUCUUCCCAAUAAGUUUGUUCGCAUCUAUUCUGAUGGAAAGGUCUUGUAUUCAUCGAGAAUGACAAUCACAGCCAACUGUCCGAUGAAUUUAGCCAACUUUCCAAUGGAUACUCAGAGAUGUCCGCUCGCAUUAGGCAGCUUUGGAUAUUCGAUGCAAGAAGUGGUCUAUAGCUGGAAUCCGGCCCGAAAAGUAGUCAUCAAUCCCGACAUGAAGAUGUCUCAGUUUGAUCUGAUCGCUGUUCCCGUCGGCAAUAAGACUAACGACGAACGCAAAGACGGACCAUAUUCUAUACUAUUGGCCAGUUUUCACUUCCAGCGACACAUGGGAUCCUUUGUGAUUGAAGUCUACGCGCCCUGUAUUAUGUUGGUUGUGCUCUCAUGGCUUUUGGAUCAACAGAGAAGCAACGGAAUGACAAUCACAGCCAACUGUCCGAUGAAUUUAGCCAACUUUCCAAUGGAUACUCAGAGAUGUCCGCUCGCAUUAGGCAGCUUUGGAUAUUCGAUGCAAGAAGUGGUCUAUAGCUGGAAUCCGGCCCGAAAAGUGGUCAUCAAUCCCGACAUGAAGAUGUCUCAGUUUGAUCUGAUCGCUGUUCCCGUUGGCAAUAAGACUAACGACGAACGCAAAGACGGACCAUAUUCUAUACUAUUGGCCAGUUUUCACUUCCAGCGACACAUGGGAUCCUUUGUGAUUGAAGUAUACGCGCCCUGUAUUAUGUUGGUUGUGCUCUCAUGGGUCAGCUUUUGGAUCAACAGAGAGGCAACGGGUCUGACAACUGUCCUAACGAUGACAUUCCUGGGCCUGGAGUUGAGAAACGAUUUGCCAAAAGUGCCAUAUCUUACAGCACUCGACUAUUUCGUAUACAUAAGCUUUGCGUUCAUUUCUGCCACAAUUCUGGAGUUUGGUUUUGUGCACUUCUUCACCAAAAUUGGUUCGGGUGAGUAUUACUUCUCUCCGACGUCUUUCAUGCAACUCGAGAACAGCUCUGAAAUGGACGACAACUACUCCAGUGGUGACGAGUAUGAAGACUAUGACGAUUAUACGGAUGGCGCGCAUACUGUGCGCACUGUUAUGACCGCUGGACUCAGGCCUGAGAGCAAUAAAAGUAGACACGAUGUGAGGGAAGAGACCGCAGAUAAUGAUUACAUUCGUAGAGUUAGAGACACUUCCAAAGAGAGUCCAAUUAUAUUUGAUAGACAGCAAAGCGAGAUCUAUUCGACCGAAAGAGAUCGGGCAGUGAUUGUACUCAAGAAAGACGAUAACAUGGAUGCCGUGUCUUCGGGCUCGUCAUCGCAGGCGUCGCAACCGAUACAACACUACGAUUACGAUUACGACAUACAACAGCCGACGACCAGUACUUUCGGUUGUAGUCAUCAACAAAUGGAUAGACACUCGUCGGCGGCGACGAUGAAGAGAGAAAACGAGCGACAAAUGAGUCGCUUGUCAUCAAUUCGUGCCUCAAUUAGGAACACAUUCUCUCGCAAGAAAUCACGUCGUCGUCCGGCGAUUACCCUUCAGUUGAAUAGUGUCUCCAAAAUCGAUAGGAUAUCUCGCGUUAUAUUUCCAUUGCUUUUCGUUAUAAUGAAUUUGGUUUAUUGGUAUACUUUCCUCAGAGCGGAGAUGAAGUUCGACCCAAACAACCAAUACAUCUAGUCUUGCGGUUAAACCACUAUUCAUACCAUCAACUAAUUCAUUGGUCAAUCAAUCGCUACAUUUCACUACUCAUCACAAUCUCAUCAAUCCAUCUCUUUUUCAAUUAUGAAAUCUUUAUUCAAAUGCACUUCUACUUAACAUUUA